GAUACCUAGGCAGAUUGGUGGAAUAUACGGGAAAUAUACAUCAGGAGAAAAUGGAUUUCCGCAAAAUUAUUAAAAGUUUUACGUCUAGUGUUAACGUAUUAUAAAUUAUUUUGAUAAUUUUACCCCGCCGAAGGGAUCAUCAAAGGCUACAGUUUGAAAAAUAACUUUAACGUGAAAAAGAGAGGAACGCGAAUAAAGUAAGAAAAUUACAAAUUCAAAAGUACGCAAGAACCAUGUGAAUAUCUAAGGUGUCUGUUGCAUAUGCUUACAAAGAAUAAAUAAGAAAUUGGAUGCUCUUUUUUUAUAACAAACCGAAGAAAUAAAAAGAAACACAAAAGGAACGCAUGUUAAGCGAGCCCGAAGUUUUGUCCGGUUUCAUACGAAUCACGUAUGUCGUACCACCGAAAAAGACGAGAAAAUGUCUGUCUGUUCAAAAAAUAGUCUAACAGUGAUUAUUUCCUACUGAUAUUUUGGCUGCUUCAGGAAGGGGAGACUACCAAAAUCCCGUAUCUUGGAAUAAUAAAAAGGAUUGAUUAUAUACGGGCGAACAGCGAGUCUGUUGGUGUGACGGUCGCUCGAUUAAAUGGGUGCAUGUAGUGCACUUGCACAUACAAACCCGAAUGUGAAUAUUUAAGAGGAACAGCCAUAAAACGGGUCAUAAAAACGCCAGGAGCUCAUUCUUCUAUAGCGUCCAAAAGCGCGCUUUUAACGAGGCCGGUUUCAAUACCGGCAUCGAUUUCACUAAGUUCAACCAGAAGAUGGCCAAUACUCUUUCCGUCAUGACAAACGUAUUGAGAAAUGUGGUCAGCAAACAGCGCAUUCGCUAUAAGGAGAAAGGUUUCAAUCUGGACUUGGCCUAUGUAUGUGAUAACAUUAUUGCGAUGGGAUAUCCUGCCGAGAAAUAUGAAAGCAUGUAUCGAAAUCGCUUAGAAGAUGUAUAUAAAUUUCUAGAAGAAAAUCACCGGGAACAUUAUAAGAUAUACAAUCUCUGUUUGGAGCGCAGCUAUGAUAUUAACAAAUUUCAUGGGCGCGUUUCACUUUAUCCAUUUGAGGACCAUAACCCACCUACUAUUGAACUGAUACAAAAUUUUUGUGAAGAUGUUGACUGUUGGCUAAAAGCGGACGUUCACAAUGUUGCUGCUGUUCACUGCAAAGCUGGGAAAGGCCGGACGGGAACCAUGAUCUGCUGCUAUUUGCUUUACAGUGGCCAACAGCAUACUGCGGAAGAUGCGUUGUCGUGCUACGAUGAAAAACGAACGAAGGAUCGUAAGGGUGUAACGAUUCCAUCGCAGCGGCGUUAUGUUCAGUAUUUCUCCAAAUUGAUACGUUUGAAAUUGUCAUAUAACCGCCGCACGCUACAGUUUUGUGAAAUCCGAUUUCUGGAGGCCAACGCUUUGCAUAGCCAAGGAACUGUAAAUUGCUCAAUUUCUGUGUUAGAGGAUAAAGUUAAGCCAUUGCAAAACUUUACAAUAGAUUUUCGCAAACAAUGUGUGUUGGAUGUCAAAAUGAACGUAACGGGCGAUAUAAAAGUCGAAUUAUCUAAAAACACCAAAAAGUUAUUCCACUUUUGGUUUAAUACAUUUUUUGUGUCCGAUUCUGCAGUUAUCGAAGGUGAGGGCAAUGAGGAGAAAUAUGUUUACACUCUAUGCAAGUCCGAAAUUGACGAUGCACACAAAGAUAAGGAACACAAGUCUUUUUCUGAAGAUUUUAAGGUUGAACUUGUUUUCUGCACCGAGGCUAAUGGUGUGGGCCGAGAUAAUUUAAAAGUUUCCAGCGGUAAUAAUCUAACUAAUCAUCGCUACACACAACACUGUGCAACGGCAAAUGCGCGGAUGCCUAUAACACAAUCAAAUAAUUACUCAUUACCACAAAAUAAUAGCAGCGGCAGUGAAAUGAAUUUUAUAUGUGAUCAAAAAUCAUCCUCCUCUACGUCGGUUAGUAGCAGUUUAGGCGGUGCCACUACCGACAACAGUAACGGCUAUGAAUGUAAUUCAAAACGCAGUGCUACCCAACAACAAAGGAGUGGUGUUCAAAAAUUUAGCAAUACGCAUCAUUCGCAUCCAUUCGUGGCUAUGCAUGAUGACAAUAUUGCACUGUUUACCUCACCGCCGCCACCACCACCGCCAGCAUUAAAAACUGCAACAACACCACCGGGCUUUAUAAUGGAUAAAGAUCAUUUACAAAGUAAUAAUCAGCACCAACACACCAGUAAAGUUUUCCACCUGCAACAAACGAUAGUGCCGCCAGUGACAGCGACGUCCAAACCAAAUCAAAGGCAUGUACAAAGACAAAGUCCUGUUGGCAGUGGAGGUGAAAGUAAUGGUGGUAGUGGUAGAAGCGGGAGUCUAGGAGGAGAAGCCCAUGCAACCGCCGUGGAUGUUGUGUGUCAGACGGCAGCCAAUUUAAAUGCCACCAGUAGCAACCACAGUACCAAUAGUAGUAAAGCAAAUAGUGUUAGCAGUCAAUCCUCAUCUGCCAUUGGAGAUAACGAAGAGGACUGGGAAUCCGGUGAGUCCAGUGCUAAACAGCUUGAUCACAUUACUUUAUUACUCUCUACUUCUUCUGUAACGACUUCUCCUGCUACCACACAAUUACUUCCAUAUAAAAAUACAAAUACCAAUAUAUCCCUCAAAGAUUCCCAGAAGAACAGCGGCAACCAAUCUUUUACUACAUCUUCCCUCUCCUCCUCUAUCCCCUCCGCCACUCCCACAUCUGCCUCUCACUAUACGUCGACUUCGACCCAUCCGUCUACUUCCCAAACUUCUUCCAAAUAUCCCAAUAAAUGUAAUGCUAGCAAUAGUAGUUGUACAAAUAGAAUUGCUGGUAGUGAUGAUGAUGAUGAUGAUGAUGUUGAUUAUGCCGAUAAAGUCGAUAAAAGCAAAACUAAAUCCAAGUUGCUUAAUUCAAAUAUUGUGGUCAAACAAAAUCAUGACCCUCCCAAAACCAUGUCAAUGGGAAAUGUCAAUUCCAAAACGUUAGAGUCAAACAAAGGAAACAACCAAAUAGGUUCAACAGUUGUUGCCGAAACUAAAGAUUCGCAUAAGAAAGUCCUAGCACUGUCAUCGCCAACUCCGCCCAGCACCCGGCCAAAGCUAAUGCACUUUUUAAUGGCACCCAAACAGAGCAAUGCUUCGCACCAACAAUCACACAAACCGAUUUUUAAACGCAAAUCUUCAUAUAAACUAAUUAAGAGUGCGACUAAUGUAGCAGACGCAACUCACGUUUCUGGUGACGGUAAUGGGGAAAUGUCUGAAUCGGCUGCAGCUGAAAUGAUGGCGGGAGGCUUGGGCGGUGGCGUUGCACCCACUUCUAAACAAAAACUGAAAAUUAAAUUGAAAAAAAAUAAACUUAAGUUUUCGCAAAAGUUUCAGUGGUUUCAAAGCUACUUCCGCAGCAAUCCCGUGGAUUUCUGUGAAAAUUUAGUUCAACAAACGACUUCCAUUAGGAGAAAUAGUAUAUGCAGCAUGGCUAGUCGUACGCACAAGCUGUCGACCACAACUCCACCAUCUGUAACACCACCACCUACCCUGGCUGGGGUCACAGCGGAUGGCUCCUCAUCGUGCGAACAACUUAACGAUCGCGUAGGUAGGACUGUCAGUGUCUCAGAGUCUACAUCGAAUGCAAGCAUAGCUACAGGUGACCUAUGUGAAGAUUACUACUCCUAUAUUUGUGACAAUCAAUUGAGCUUUAGCAACUCGCCCUGUAAGAGCCCUCGUUCCAUGGCGGACAUUGUCAGCAGUAGUAUUACUGGCAGCGGUAUCGGCAGUAGUUAUGGUAGUAGUUUUGCGAGAAGUGCUGGUAGUUUCCAGCACCAAUACUUACGAGAACGGCGAGAAACCUUGCCUAGCAGCUUAAAUUCACAUGCUUCUCGUCGCAACAACGUAAUCAUUGCCAAGCCGGCUAGGACUAAUGCCAUUGGCUUUAAUAUUAAUGCUGGAGCUAAUGCUGAUCCACUGUCUCAAAUUUCUAGGCAUGAUUCCGCAGGCAGAAUUGAUGCUGAUGCAUCACCGGCUAGUGUUUACAACACAGCCAGGUGUUCGGCCAGCAACGACGAUAAUGGGGAAGCACCAAAUAAAACUACACCGUUUGUUUUUCCCCAUGAUCCCAAUACAAAAGUAAACAACCACUCACGUGGUGAUGCUAGUGCCUGUGAUCAAAGCACACUAGCAGUGAUACCACCGUCACAGACGAAAUAUUCUCUUAAUUUAGUAAUUGUUAAGGAGCGUUCUUCUGAACCAAAUCCAAUUGCAGGCGCUUCAACAGCUUCCGGAUUGAAACCGCUCCAAAACGAGCGUGACGAUAAUGACUCGAUUAUUUUCUGUGGCCAUGGUCAAUGUGUAGCUUCUUCUUCCCACUUGCGUUAUUCCUCAGCUGAAGAGGCAGUGAGCUCAUCGGCCAUUGACGAUAUGUUAGACCCAAAGGCAUCCUCCGCUACGUGUGCUUCAAUGUGCAGCAACAGUAGCAGCAGUGGUUUCUGCACUAGUGAAUGUUGUACUACAAACAGUAGUAGCAGUAGUUGCAAUUGUAAUCCGUUUGCUGUAGUUUUAGAACGCCAUGUGGCUCUGGCGGCCAGUAAUAUUAAACAGCAACAUCAAGAUCCCAAACAGACAACUAUCUAUGAAAUUGUCGAUGAACCAACGACCACUGUUGCAAUAACAAACGAGGAGCAAAAGUCCCUUAACGCAAUCGAUUCAGAGGUAUGUGACCCAGGCAACUGUGGUCAAUAGGGGGCGGAAUUGUUGCUAGCAUGUUGAGAAAACGAAUCGUUGGCAUAAUGUUGAAUUGUCCACUUAAUUGGGUGGCUGCCACGUGUUGAUCUGUAUUGGUGUAUGCACGCAUUGUAAUGGCCCAUUUCAUACCAAACUCCAAGUACAAAUGGCGGCAGUUUUAUUAAUACAAACACCACUUUAUAUUCGCUGAAUGGAGGUCGCAUCUUGUGCCCAAUAAAGGAGAAUAUUAGAUUUGCUUGCAUUCGAAUAGCAAACAGUAUGAACCCCAUCUAAAACGUUUACAUAUUCAUAAAGCAUUCAAUAAAUUGCGUUCCCUAUUCUCAUAUGUAGAUAUUUUAGUGUUUUCCAGAAGAAAAGAGAUAGUUCACCGGGCACUAUUUUCGUUUUGCAGUUUGUUUGCUGCAUAUGAUGAUCUUCCAAAAUUUAUUUUAAGCAACAUCUCAAUCACAUUGUUAAAUAAUUUGGAGAACACGUUUUCUCCUUUUUUUUCCAUCACACAGUGAAUUCGAAUUUAUAUAUUAUGUAUUACGUUGCUUAUGUAUGUAUGUAUGUAUGUUUGUAUGUAUGUAUGUAUGUCUUUCAGGCGAAUGUCCUGUUAUUUAAAAAUCGAAUGACUUCAAAGGAAUUCGGAAGUAAGAGUAUGCAUGAGACUUUCUUGAACUAAGCGAACCGAGUCCUUAUCGACUACCUACCACCAACUGCGGCUUUCUUUAGAGGAAAAUUAUUCAUAUUGAACCUCGUAUGUAUUUCCGAAAGGGGAACUAUACGAAAAUUGUGGUUGUUGUCCUUUGGAUUGACUCUAUUGUGUAUUUUAGUGUAUUUGCUAAAAUCGUUUUUGUAGCAAAUGAAGAAACCCCACUACCACUAAUCAUUUUUACCAAAUGUUCGGGUGUAAAUCACACACACACACACAUACACACAAACACUUCGCCAAUAAAAAAAAAAUUUCUACUGAUUUUACUUUCACUACACUACACUGUUGCUUAAUGUUCUUCAUCUCAUCGGUGUUACAAAUGAAGUAAACGACAAUGAAAAGUGUUAAAAUCCCAAUUUUACCCACAUAUUUUUAUUACAACAAAACUAUUAUUUCUAUUUCUCUUUUUUUGAAAAUUUUUUAAACGAAAAGUUUAAAUAUUUUAUAAAAAUUCUCUUGUCCUGUUUUUUAAUUUAUUAUUAUUAGCAUUUUUGUUUAGUUAACUCCUUUUAACAUUCAUAAAGUUAGAGAAAAAACAAAAAUUUUAAGAUUACGCUCGAGCACUUCCUUACAUAUAUUAAUUAUAACCCCUUGCUACUCCUACCCCGCCCUUUUUAGCCUAGGUUAUUCUAAACUUUAACACACACACACACACACACACACACACAAAAUACAAAACAACAAAAACACAAAUUAAUAAUUUUGUAAUGUUCUCAAUAGAAAGUAAUUAAAUUACUUAUGUAUACUACGACGAUUGUAAGGAUUUAUAAAGUAAAAUAUU